UUAAUAUUAAUUCAAUGAAUGGGCAAUAAGAAGAUGAUAUGAGACUUUAUCCAUGUGAUAAUUGUGGGGAAUAAUACCCUUUUUGUUUCAUAUCUGAACAUCUGUAAAGUUGUCUUUCUGAAAAAUAAUAAGUUGAUGUUAAUUGUAGAUUUUGUGGGGAAGCUACAUUUGAAUAGUAAAUGGAAGAUCAUUAAAAAGUUUGUAAAGCAUUUGCUUUGUAGGAAUCUGAGGACGGUUUUUGUGAAUAUUGUUAAGAGAAAAUAUUUCAGGAAUUUAAAUAGGAGCAUUAUUUAGAUUGCCCAUUAAAAUAAGUAGCUGAUGCUUAUUAAUCAUACAAAGCACAAGAAUGUCCUAUUUGCUUAAUAGAUAUUGGGCCUAUGGAUUAAAAAGGAGUUUUAUAAUGUUGUCAUAUAUUCCAUUAAGCCUGUCUUAAUGAUUGGCAAAAAAAAAGUUAGGAAUGCCCAGUGUGCAGAUAUAAUUGA